GGCUCAGUUGGGCGCCAUCCGCCAGUGAACAUAGCAAGGAAACACAAGACAGCAGAGAGAAAGUUGACUAAGCUGAAGACAAUGUUUCAAAAAUACCUACGCACAAAAAAACAUGGAUAUUAGCGCAUGGAGUACUUAACAAAACCCGCAAAAAUGAAGCAGUUGGACGGCUGUUGGUGGACUCCGGUUGGAGCGAGUCUUCCUCUGACGAACCCUGUGACGCAAUCCCGUAGCGGCGGUAUAACCAUCCAGUUGAUUGCUGCCUUCCUUCUUCUGGUCACCGUUGGUCUUUGUUUCGUCGGACGGACAACUACCCCGACGGAAGAAUCCACAACUGCUGCGCUGCUGCAAACAAAGGGACUGUUAGAUAUUCGCCAAUUUGAUUAUCGACUCAACAGUCCUCAAAUAUGUGCCCAACUUACCGUGCAGCCUUUCUUCUUGGCCCUCGUUCAUUCGAAAGCCAAUCAUUUCCGGCAGCGGCAGGUCAUUCGACAGACAUGGGCGUCACAGCGCGAUCUCAUCCGCCACGUCUUCCUGAUCGGCCUAGCCGAUCAAACGGGAUUAGAAGGCACGAUGGACGUCCAAAGCCUCUUGGAAUCUGAAAAUGCGAAAUACAAUGACUUGGUGCAGGGCGAAUUUAUCGAUCAUUAUCGAAAUUUGACUUACAAAAACUUGAUGGGCCUCAAAUGGGUCGGCCAAUACUGUCCGUCAGUGCGUUUUGUUCUCAAAAGUGACGAUGACGCUUUCAUCGAUGUUGUCCAGUUGAAAAAGUUUAUCGAGCGGACUUGGCCUAGUGGUCCGUCUGCUGAAACUUUGAUCUGCAAUGUCCACGAAGACGCUCCCGUGCAACGUUCAGGUAAAUGGGCCGUCAGUCACGAAGAAUAUCCUUCAAAAACAUACCCGGCUUUUUGUUCCGGCCUUGCUUACGUCAUGCGACCUGAGCUGGCCAAUAAAUUGUUUCGUUCGGCCAAUAAAGUUGCAGCUUUGUGGGUAGACGACGUUUUUGUGACGGGCAUAUUGGCCGCUAGUGUUAACGUGCGACAUUUCUACCUUAAUCUUCGCUACACCCAUCAGCAAGAUGAUGUGGUCCAGUGGCUGGGCACGGACCUACCUUCAAACCCUCUUCCUUUCAUCGUUUCCGAACUGGACACGAGCCGGCCUGAAUGGCCCCAAUUGGCUCACCGGCUGUGGAACAGAACUUGUACUUAUAAUGCAGUCGACAGUGAUUCCUAAAAGACGGAGCAAGUGAUUUAAUUCGUUUCCUUCAAAAUGUGCCAUACACAAUUCAAUCCGCAAGAAUGUCAAUAAUAAUACACUUUAGUAUGCGUCCGAUCGUCAAA